UUUGAUGAAGCUGCCAAACGCGACGUCGACGGUGAACGUUUCCGUCAUUAAUGCACUGAAAAUAUGAUUGACAUAAACACAAACUGUUCCUUUUUCCGCCAUGCUUGAAGUUGAGGACACCGCAAGUCACCGAGGUUAUAUUUAAGGGGGAGGAAAUCAGCCUUAGGUAGAGCUAGAGAACGUCUUCAACACAUGGAACAGUUUACCUGACCAUAGUUAAGAACCUUUGUAAUUGUAAAUAAUGUCACACCUCAGCCUGGCAGGCCUGCUUUACAUCGCCUUCAAAUACUAGUUGUGUUCAUAUGCCUGCGCUGUCGUCAUGAUUGUGUGAAGUUUUAACUUGCUCUUUGCAGGGAAGGCCGCUUCAGUCCAUGGUCUUUUUUUACCUCCAUGUUUGAACUGAACAAACGACAAUACUACUGCCCAAGGAAUGAGUGAAAAUUGAAGCCCAAUGGCAGACGGUAGGAAUUUUAGGUCGCAUUACUACGAGAAGGUUGGAUUUCGAGGGGUGGAAGAGAAGAAAUCUCUUCAGAUUCUUCUGAAAGAUGACCCUUUGGAUGUCGGGAAGCUGUCUAUGUUUUGUCUUCGUUUUCCACUACCAGCGAUGUUCAGACCGCUCGUGUGGAAGGUCAUCCUCGGUAUUGUUCCGCCCCAUCCGACCACGCACGACUUUGUCAUGCAGCAGCGACGGGAACAGUGCAACGACCUCCGCGGUGCUCUGAGGGUCAUGGGACUAGUUGAUGAUGGGACUCCGUUGAGCAACGAAUUUCUCAAGAUGUUCCUCCUUGAAGAGAGAAGAUUGCCAUUGGAAGAUGAUCAGUUGAAUAUCGAGUGUCUGGAGGAGGAAUCGUUUGUCUCCUUGGCUGAGACUGCCACAGACAUCUUUGACGAUGAAGUCGACGCUUACUGGAUCGCCGUCAAAAUCCGACGCCAGUUGAUUGAGAAAGAUUUCAUAUUGCAGUUGUCGCAGCGAUUUGUUACCCAACUCCAGAAAGAUGACCCCCAGUUGAUACGACACCUGGAGAGCACCGGAACGCUGAGCCGCAUGGGACCCGUCUACAAGGCUUGGUUUGGAGGUAUCUUUGCAGGGGUAAUCCCAUCUGGACCUCUUGGGAGGGUGUGGGAUCGUUUGCUUGGAGGUGCCGUCUACAUCACGGCCUAUGUUGCUCAGGUUUUUGUUCUAACUUAUCGGAGGCAGCUCUUGGGCAUGGCCAAGUAUGAUGCAAUCCUAAAGUUUCUGCUCAAGGUGCCACCUGAUAGUGCUGAAAUGUUGGUAAAUGAGGCAAUUGAAAGAUGGGAGAGCAGUGGGAACCAGACCAAGCCAGAUGCAUUGUAAUGCAAUAAGAGAAAGGCACCAGACUAAUGGCGAGUCAAGCGACGGAGGGUGCUCAGUAGUGGGCGUGGCUAACAUGGAGCUUGUGGCAGAGAAUGCAGCCUAGGUUAAGAUGCUGUGGGUGAAGGGUACCAGACCACACCAGAUGCAUCAUAAUGCACUGGAAAGCUUCCAAUUUGAGACGCCAGACUAUGGAUUUCCUUCUCGCUUCUCGCUUUUGUACCAUAAAACUGACUCUAAAAAGAUGUUGUCUUGAAUCGAAGAUGUGUAAUUUUAUUUCCAAGUCUGCCCUUUGCUCGUUGUGCGUUCAGCACAUCGUCUUGUAGUGAAAUGGUCUUUCACAGUUCACUCAGUAAGUAAGCAAAGUCAGACGUUAAUUUGCCUCUGUACACCCUGUGAGGUUGAUUUUGUAGCGUGGUUGCAGGGAGCGUUGGCAAGCAAGGAUUUUUUAAUUUUGAAGUCAAUUUUGUGUAUAUUGGUCUUUACAUCUAUGAGUUGUGCAAUGAAAAAUCCCUUGAGUUUCUUGAGUUUUAUUCUAAAUAAAGAAACAAAUGGGUACUGAGAUUUCUUUUAAAGUUUUGUAAAUGA